AUGAGCAAGGAGGACCCGCAAUGUCGACCCGCAUCGCUGAAGUUCACCAUCGAUAACAUCCUCAACCUGAAAUCGAGCGGCGGAGCGGCUGACAGCUGCGGCUCGAAGGCGCCGCUCGCGCCCCUCGCGCCGCUCUGCCGCGAGGAAUUCCCUCGCGAGCUCGCGAACCAGGAGCCUGACAGCCGGCUAUACGACGCUGGGAACGAGCGAGUCCACACAGACGGGGAAGCGCCGGCGGAGGAGCCGCUGAGGAGCGCGGACGGAGGGUCCUCUCAGGACGUCGGUGCCAAGAAGAGCAAACCGGCGGCCAAAAAGAAGACCCGCACCAUCUUCUCCAAGCGGCAGAUCUUCCAGCUGGAGUCCACCUUCGACAUGAAGCGCUACCUGAGCAGCGCGGAGAGAGCCUGCCUCGCCAGCUCGCUGCAGCUCACCGAGACUCAGGUGAAAAUCUGGUUUCAGAACCGGAGGAAUAAGUUGAAACGGCAGCUGUCCACCGAGAUGGACGGACCGAACGGGGACUUCGGCGACGGCGGAAAGGCGGUGACCUUCCCCGGCCUGUACAAAGAGAACAGUCUGUUGGGGAGGUGUUUGUUACCGAUGCCGCUGCCGGUCGUUUAUCCCGGAGGCAGCGCGCCCUAUUUAUGCCUCUCAAACGGCACCAAGUACUUCGGUUUUUUCGAAGGAGACGUGUGA